UUGUAUUAGACAGGAAAUCUUUGCGGUUUAUGCGUACACCACAUCCUUUAUCUUCAAUAGAGUCUUAUACCAAUUAAAACCCAUUUGGGAUGGCAUCGUAGAAACGCGACAUUCAUGUGGUUUCUUUAACCUAAAAAUGGACACAAGUAGUUUCUAUCAUAAUCAAACUUUGUAUAGUCAGGAAAACUAGUGGUAUAGAUAGGAAACUCUAGUGGUAUAGAUAGGAAAUUAUAGUGGUAUAUUCUUAGUCUAAUAGCAUUCCGUACAUACUUCCUUUAGCGUUCUUUAAACUCACUCCCUUUACACCCAGAUAUAUUAUGAAGGUAUAUAUAUAUAUAUAGAGAGAGAGAAAUUUUAAGCUCUACAUAUCCAGUCUGCUUCCAGAAUAAGAAGAAAAGAUGGAGACACCGAUUGUAUAUGGCCAGGUUGAAGCUCAAACCGUUAAUGGAAAACAUAAACUGGUCACAAACCUGACACCUCGGGUGAAAGUGGUAGUGAAUCGCUUUGAGGGAAACCAAGGCUUGUAUAUACACAUAAACGCGAGGGGUAAAGGAAUAAGCUCAUCAUGGGAAGAAUAUGUGGACAUGUGCACCCUAAAAGCUGAAUUGGACCAAAAGCUUCAUUUGCUGCCUCAAAUUCAGAGUCAAAUCAACUACCAGACACAAAGCCAACCUCAACAACAAGUUCCGCUUCAACAAGCCAUGCCCGCUCAAACCCUCCAGCACGUUCCGCUUCAACAAGACGUGUCAAUUCAACCUCGCCAGGCUCAACAACAGGCAUAUAUUCAAAUUUCUCAACCUUCAAACAUUUGGGAAGAUUUUGCAUGAGUGAAGAUGCGAUAUCGUGUAUUCUUCCGAUUGAACAAUGAACUUGUCGA